AUGUCACUUCACAGACCAACCAAGAAGGCAUCCAGCCGGGCUCUUGGCCCCCGAGGCCAUCUCAAGAAUCAGAACAACAGCGUGUUGUACAAGGUUGGAAAAAAGCUUGGAGAAGGAACGUUCGGCAUUGUCUACGCGGCCAUCGACCUAUCAAAUCAUCGGCUAGUAGCGAUCAAAUUUAUAUCAAUAGCGGAGGCCUUGCAUGGACAGGGGUUGAUACACCGCGAUAUAAAACCGGAGAACUUCCUCAUCCAUGGACCAGGCAGCAAGUACCCUAACAAAAUUUCCCUUAUCGACCCUGCCAUGGCGGAGAACUAUCGAUGUUCCAAGACCGAGAGACAUAUCCCCCCGUGCGAAGGCAUGGAUCUGGUGGGGACGGCUCGGUACAUGAGCAUCAAUGCACACCUCCGAAAGCAGCAGUCACGACGAGACGACCUUGAAUCCAUAUUCUACGUGCUCUUCUACCUCAUGAGGGGAGGCCUGCCAUGGCAAGGCUUAAAGGCGCCUACCAAGGAAGACAGACUCGACAAAAUUCUUGAAAUCAAGCAACAAAGGUCGGCCGAUAGCUUGUGUGGUACCCAGUCCACGAUGUUCGUCAAAUGCCUUGAGUACGUACGCGAACUGGGAUUCGAACAAGACCCGGAUUACGAUUACCUCAAAUGCUGUCUCACCAAAGCUUUGGAGAUGAAUGGAGAGGCCGAGGACGACAGUUGCCCCAAGAGCGGGAGAAUUCACUAUAAUGCAAAGGCGCAAGCAACACUUAACGAGAUAUCCCAGUUCGUGGGUCACUCUAUCCGUCAACUCAGGCGUCAUCAAAGGGAAGUAAAGAGGGAUUUGAGUGUGGGGAAACUAGGCGUCACCAGCCACAACAACCUAAAUAUUGGCUGCGACAGGCUUGAGAGUGCUCUGAAGUCUUACGACAAACUGUUGCGAGCCCUUGAAUAUGUGGCAGUGCUUUCAGAGAAAGCCAGUUGGGAAUUCCUUCGCAAGGCAAGCAGUGACGACGUUGUGGGCUUAAAGACAGAGUUGAAUGGGGUUGAAAGCCUGGUCGAGGACUGUCUAAAAUUGGUGGAACAGACCGACAAUGCGACUAUCAGUAUCAGUAGAACGUCUUUUGCAACAAGUCAAGACUCAGAACUGCCCUUGGAGGUCGAUGAGAUCUAUGCUCAUCCUGGGGAUGAGACUCACCAGCAGACCAGUACGACUUUUGAGAGUCGAGGAGGGAAAGGAUCAAGAAAUGAAGAAAGUCAAAGACCGGAUACAACUCAGGACAAGUCUCACGCCCAGAAACGGGGCCAUACGACUCUCAGCCCUGGACCGCGGCCGCAUAAACGACCAUCUUAUGAAAGUCUUUCUAGUCGGGCAGAUGACAGAUGGCCACAUGGAGAUGGGGGUUAG